GUGUGAGAGAGAGCGAGAGCCAGUCUGUCACAGAAAAACAGUCAAGGGAAACGGCGAACAAGACACAAGACAGUCAUUAUUCACCUUUAAAAGAUAAAAAGAGCCGCCAUGGGAAAAGGAUGCAUCACAGUUACGAAGUACUUCCUCUUCCUCUUUAACCUCCUCUUCUUUAUCUUUGGAGCUUUGAUCACAGGCUUUGGACUGUGGGUACUCCUUGAUAAUCAGAGUUUCAUUGCUGUACUACAGGAGUCAUCAGUCACGGUGAAAGUUGCUUCCUACAUUCUAAUUGGUGUGGGUUCCUUCUCGAUGGCCAUGGGUUUCUUUGGCUGCAUAGGCGCCAUCUAUGAAAUUCGCUGUCUGUUGGGUCUGUACUUCACCUGCCUCCUGCUCAUCCUCAUUGCCCAGGUCACUGCUGGAAUCCUCAUUUACUUCCAGAGAGAUCGGUUGAAACACGAGAUGUCCAUCAUCAUAAAGGGGAUGAUUGUCAAUUACACUGGGCAGAACAGCACCACAGAGCAAGCAUGGGACCACAUUCAGAAGACGAUGAAGUGCUGUGGAUGGACUGGUCCCAGUAACUGGACUGAGAACUCUUUGAUCAAGAACAGCUCCCAGAACCUCUACCCGUGCUCCUGUCGCAAUGACUCCCUGCCUGGAACUGAAAUCAAGGACACGGGUCUGUGCGAGCACCUGUCCACAGACCUCCCCGUCUAUGAAACGGGCUGUAUAGUCAGUGUGGAGAAAUGGUUCCUUGACAACUGUGGCGUUAUUCUUGGAAUCUGUCUCGGUGUGGCAGUCGUGGAGCUCCUUGGAAUGAUCCUGUCCAUGUGUCUGUGCAAGAACAUCGUCCAGGAGGAUUACACCAAAGUACCAAAGUACUGAUGUCACACCAGAGCCAGCUUCACAACACACAGAUGGAUGGACUCUCUCACUCUCUUUCCCUCUCUCUUUCUCUCUCUCUCUCUCUCUCUCCCUCACACACACAUUCUUAUGUGUACACACAUACACACACACACAGCACCAGCUGUCUUCAGCGUUUAGGUUUCUGUCUUGACAGCUGUGCAGUUUUCUCACUCCCCAAAUGUUUCUCACACACGCGCGCGCACCUCAGUCAAGCUUAACACACCUUUUGAACUUGCAUUCAUAAGUUAGCAUUUUUGUUCCAUCAUAUUUUUUAAGGAGAUAUUGUCACAAAUUUAGUCUGAAGUGAGAGAAUUCUUCAUGUUGAUACUAUGCAAACGUGUGAAUGUGUAUUUGUGCGAUGUAUCAUUUUCUUGGCUGACAUCUAUGCAGCACAACAUAGAAGUAGAGAGCACUUUAGUCAUAUAUGGUGAUGUGAGAGCAGGGUUGUCAGAUAGGUGUGGGACAGGGAGACGACAGGGUGCUGGGAGGGGGAGGACGGGGUGCUGGGGGGGGGGAGAGGUCAGGGUGAUGGGUGGAUGUGCAGCCGGUGCUUUUGAGGGUGCAGUUGGUAUUUUUGGUACGUGGGGGGGAUGAGCAGUUUUGUGGUGGUGGUGGUUUUGGCUUCUGUCAUCACUAGCCCUGAUAUUAACCUCCGUUUCUGUCCUCCACCUCCUUCUGUUCUCCGUCAGUCUAUAAAUCAGCUCCCUGUGCUCAGCUCAGGUGUGUCUGACCAGUAAGCAGUAGUUCCUGUAAAGAUGAGUUCUGCAUGACGUGAGUGAUGUCUUGAUUAUUUAUUUCAUUUUGUUUCGUUUUUUAUAGUCUUAUGUCAUCUGUUUCUUUUUAUAUACACAACUGUAUAUAUGGUUUCUGGUAAGGGAUUAUUGCACGUCUGAGCAUGGUCAGAGUUUGUUUUCUUUUUGUUCUUCAUUUCUUCUCUGUUGUUUCUUCUCUAUUUGGUCUGAAAUUAGCAACCACAGCACAAAUCAAGUUUGUGAGAAAGUGCAUGUUAGGUCAUCUUCAAGCUACAGUACAAUUGUGUUUUUGUAUUGUUUUUUACCAUGUAUUCCAUGUGAGUUUUUGUUGUUGUUGUUGUUGUUGUUUUGAGAAGUAAUUUUGCCUUUUUAAAGUUACCAGUAAUCUUGAUCAUUUUAAAUUUGUACUGAUUACAUAAUUCUGUGGUCACCAAAACUAGUGAGUGACAUUUCAACAACUCAUAUUAUAUGGCACCUAAAUAGAUCCAUGUCAUUUGAUUGGUAGAUUGCGUGUGUCACAUGACAUUAUUUGUCCCUGUGUAUAGAGCAGGGAUGGCCAAGUUCAGUCCUCGAGAGCCACAUUCCUGACACUCUUAGUUGUCUCCCUGCUCCAACACACCUGAAUCCAAUGAAAGACCCGUUAGCAGACUUUUAAUGAGCCUUUCAUUGGAUUCAGGUGUGUUGGAGCAGGGAGACAACUAAGAGUGUCAGGAAUGUGGCUCUUGAGGACCAAACUUGGCCACUCCUGGUAUAGAGAAAUAGCCCACUUUAUGACUGAUGUUUACUGUGCAUUUUAGUCUAAAACAUUUUGCAGUAUUGAAUGACUCCAAUACCUUUUCAUAAAAAUUAGUAUGAGGAAGCUAGUACACCAUAAGCCAGUUAGAAGCUAACUCAGUGUUUGCUGGGACAUCUGUAGCAGCUGUUAAAUCACUGUCAGGUGACGAAUUGGGCAAGUUCCUAUCAUAUUUUUUCACUGGACUGAAAAAAGUAGACGCGUGCUCCACACACUCCACUCUCACUUUGCUCAGCGGUGUGUCAGCGGCUCACCUGCCACGUGGAGUCAACUGCUUUCAACUCCGUGUCUGCCCCACUGCUGUUGGCUUUGUGUUUUGAGAAAAAAUACAACUAUCUAAUUUAGUAAAAUAAUCAGAUAACAUGGAUCUAUUUAGGUGUCAUAUAAAACAAACAAUGAAUAUUUAUGAGUGCAAUGGUAAGAAUAUUUUCAUGAGUUGAAAAAACAUGGACUGUUCCAUUCAACAAGGCGCAGCAGAGUUCAAUGGAACGUGUUCCAUCUUCAUUCAACACAUGACAGUAUUCUUACCACUGUACUCAAACAUUCAUUAUUUGUUUAAUAUUAUUAGUUUGUGGUUACUGUUGGUUGCCAGCUUUUACACAAGUAUUUCAUAAUUGUCUAAACAUUUCUUUGUGCUGAUCUUUGGUUAAUUUAAUGGACAUGUUGCACUUUUACGUGGUACAUGGGUUAGUUCAUAAUAUGUCUCAAAUUAAUCAUUUCAUAUUGUGUUAGUCACACAUGCAGGGCACAACGGAGAAGAAAGUGGCCAUUUGAUGCCAUUUGUCACAUUUAAACAACUUCUGUUCUUUUGAAACAAUAAUUUAACUUAAUUAUAAAUACUUUUGUUUUUUAUACUUUUGCAAAAAAUAAUGGUUUUUGUCAAGUAAGAGAAGCUAUUCCUGAACCUGUAAGUCAUGUUGAAAACCAAAUAUGGAUUUGUCUUCUAAGAAUUAUAAAUAAACCAAAGUGUACAAUAAUC